AUUUAUUUAUGGUACUCUUACUUAUAUACAUUUUUUUCAUUAUUUGAACGCCAUUGUGACAACUCUUUGUUUGGUAAUAAUGGAUGAAUGGGAUGAUGAUUCAGAGGUGGUUGUACCACCACCGGUCACAUUACACAAUGUGAAUGGUGGCAGUAGUGUAGAUGGGGGCCGCAUUUUCUCCAGAGGCCGUGGAUUUACAUCAUUUAACAAUAAUGACUCCGACAAGGUCGAGAGUAACGGGUUUGGUGAACGACGCGGGCGCGGCGGACGCGGGGGGCGCGGAGGACGCGGGGGGCGGGGCGGCCGCGGCGGCGCCAGAGACCGCGGGGACUCGGAAACUAAUGGAGAUAGCUAUGAUGACAAAGGCCGUGGAGACAGAGGCGAACGAGGCCGAGGCCGGGGUCGUGGGGGCCGCGAUGGUGGCAGAGGCGGUGGAGGUGAUGAUAACGGCUCCCCUGAGCUUGGCGAAGAUGGAGAACCGAAGAAGGCGCCCGUUACAUACGUCCCACCAGAACCAACCACUGAUGAACAGGAAAUCUUCAGCAGCACCAUUAGCUCGGGCAUUAACUUUGACAAGUUUGAUUGUAUUGCUGUCAAAGUUAGUGGUGAAAACCCACCACGUGCCAUAGAAAGCUUUGAAACAGCGAACUUACGGAAGUAUGUUCUUGAUAAUAUUUUAAAGUCUGGUUACAAGAAGCCAACUCCAAUUCAGAAACACGCCAUACCGAUUAUAAUGACUGGAAGGGAUCUUAUGGGCUGCGCACAAACGGGAUCUGGGAAAACGGCUGCAUUUCUUCUGCCAAUUAUUAAUACUCUUUUACAAGACGCACGAGAGUUGGUAGUUGGACCAAGUGGAUGUGCGCAACCACAGGUCAUAAUAGUAUCCCCAACACGAGAACUAACGCUCCAGAUAUUUAAUGAAGCCAGGAAAUUUUCCUUUGGCUCUGUACUGAAAAUUGCUGUUGCCUAUGGUGGUACUGCAGUACGCCAUCAAGGAGAUACUAUUUCUAAAGGAUGUCACAUUUUGGUCGCCACUCCUGGACGUCUCCACGACUUUGUGGAUCGCAACCGUAUAUCUUUUGAUAGCGUGAGGUUCGUCGUACUGGAUGAAGCAGAUCGUAUGUUGGAUAUGGGCUUCAUGCCUAGCGUUGAGAAGAUGAUGGAACAUCCCACUAUGGUAGCAGUUGAUUCACGACAGACAUUGAUGUUCUCUGCCACAUUCCCUGAAGACAUCCAGCAUUUAGCGGGCAGAUUCCUAAACAACUACCUCUUUGUCGCUGUUGGUAUAGUCGGUGGUGCUAGCGCUGACGUUGAACAAAUUUUCCAUCAAGUCAGCAAGUAUGAAAAACAGAACAUGUUGAAGAAACUCAUUGAGGAAAAUGACGGCAAGCGCAUCCUGGUGUUUGUGGAAACAAAACGUAAUGCAGAUUUCAUUGCUGCAAUGCUAUCUGAGCAGCAGAUGCUUACUUCAUCAAUCCACGGCGACCGCAUGCAGCGUGAACGCGAGGAGGCUUUACACAACUUCAAGAGCGGACGCCAUUUUAUACUAGUCGCUACUGCUGUCGCUGCGCGUGGAUUAGAUAUUAAAAACGUUGACAUCGUGGUAAACUACGAUCUUCCUAAGAGCAUAGACGAGUAUGUGCACAGAAUCGGCAGGACCGGUCGUGUCGGAAAUAGAGGAAAAGCUGUAUCAUUCUAUGAUACUGAUCAAGAUAUUGCACUCGCAGCUGAUUUAGCGAAGAUUUUGCGUCAGGCCGAUCAGCAAGUGCCCGACUAUUUAGAAAGCGGCGGCACCUCUACAUAUAAGAGCAACAAAUAUGGAGGCAGCGAUAUUAGAAAUUUCAAUAAUGAAACUGCACCUGCAAACCAAGGACAGGAACCAGAGGAAGAGUGGUAAAUCUACUUAGACUGAUUACCAUUUGAUAGGACGAUCUAGUGAUUGAUUUACUUGUUUCAAAAUGCAACUAGUGGUGUAGUAUAUCUAUGUAAAUACAUCAAAUGGUGCUUAUGCUACCGUAUUUAUGUGACAUGAUACAUGGAACAAUUAAAAUGUUACUACUACCAUACGAUGGUAAGCCGUCUAAAAUAA